AUGGAGGGACCCACCCCAGAGCCCGCAUACGUUGAUGUGGACAAGGGACUGACACUAGCAUGUUUUGUCUUCCUCUGCCUUUUCUUGAUUGUGAUGAUAAUCCGCUGUGCAAAAGUCAUCAUGGACCCUUACAGUGCUAUCCCUACAUCCACAUGGGAGGAGCAGCACCUGGAUGACUGAAGGGGCUUGACUACACAGAGCCACGAGAUGGUGCAAUCUAGGAGGCCUCUUCCUAUCAGGAAGGCAAGCAGG